AAGACGUAUUUGAUUAUUAAAAGCUUUUAAAUAGGUAAUAACAAAUAAACAAUAAUAAUUAAUCAAAAAAUAGAAAUUAUAUUUAAAAAACUAAAAACAAAAGAAACAAUUUCAUUAAUUAUUGAGAAUAACUGCUCCAUGGACGAGUUUGAAGUGAUAUACACAGAAGAAGAUAUCAAGGCUGUCUAAAAUCAGCUUAACUCUUUGACUAAGAGCUAUAAUUAGCUCGUAAAAGAGAAAAAAGAUAUAGAAAUUUUUGUUGAUACUCUCAGAGAAAAAGUUCAUUCUCUAGAAUCAACUAAAUAGCUCUAUGAAUAGGCCCAGUAAUAGCUACAGACUUAAAAGCAAAGCAUUUAAGACCUGUAAAAAAAGUAAGAGGCUAUUCUUGCUUAGAAAAAUGAGUAAGACAACAAGCUAAUCAAGGUCAUGAAGGAAAAAUACAACAUACAACAAGAACUCGAAAAAAUAAAAAGCUCUAAUGAAGAACUGUCAGUUACUAUGAUUGAUGAAAUGGAAGAAAUGAAAAAAAAGAUGAAUAUCACAUUUUAAGAAUAAUCAAAAAUUUAAUAAGAGGCAACACGCUAGCAGAUUCUUCAACUCUAAUAACUUUCCUAACAGAAAUUGAUUGAAAAAUAAAUGGAAUAUGAAGAGAUUUGCAAUUUGCUAGAAAAGACUAAUUAAGAACUUAGUUAUUAACAGGAAAUGUGCAAAGAACUUGAAAAAAAAUUAGAAUACUCAGCUGAAAAAAUAAAGGAAUUGAGCAACAAAUUAGCUGAGGAGAAGGCAAAUGUGGAAGCAUUGAAAAAGUAAUUAGAUGAAUACAGAGAAAAAUACUAGAAAAACUUAGCUUCUCAGAACCAACUUAAAGAUGAAUUGUUGAACGCCUAGGCUAAAAUCAAAUAAUUAACAACUUAACUCUAAUAAAUCACUGAUUAAUAACAACUUAUUUCUGGAGAGUCUUCCAAUUAUAGAAGCUAACUUUCUAAAAUGGAGGAAGAACACAGAAAUUUAGUUGAGAUUCAAAAAUUUUUGAGUAAUGAAAACUCUGAGUUGUCCAACUAAUCUCUUAAUUUCAAGAAGUAAAUUGAGUAACUCCAAAACUAAUAGUAAGAAUUUAAAAAAGCCAUUGAAAGUAAAGACUAAGCUAUUGAAAAAUUGAACUUAGAAAAAUCCUAAGAUUUAGUAAAGCUAGAAACCAAUUACAGAAGCAAGAUAGAUUCUUAGAUGAAAGACAUUGAUUAGCUUACCAAUCGUUUGAAUGAAGUUGAAAUGAACUAUGCCAAAACUUUAGAUAAGCUUGAAUCCAGUGAAAACACUUGCAGAGACUUAUUAUAGCAAAUUUAAAACUUGCAAAACGAGCUUUAAUCUCAGAAAAUGAUAGCUUAAGAAAAUAUCAAUUAGCUUACUUAGAAACUCAAAGAGAAAGAAGAAAAACUGGCUGCUGUUUAGAAAAAGUAUGAGUAAAACUUGUUCGAAAUUUCUUAGAAAGAGCAGCAAAACAAUUCAUACAUUUAAGAUCUCAACAAAGAAGUAAACAAUCUAAAAAAUAUUGUAACAACAAAAUCUAGAGAAAACGAAAUUUUAUAGAAUUAAAAUCAGUCAAUUGUUGUUUUGGAGGAAAAGCUCAAAAUUAGCUUGUAAUAGCUGUAAUAAGGAGCUUAAAAAGAAGAGAAAUACAGAAUAGAAAUUGAAGAAAUUGCUAUGUAGAAAGAGUAGUAUGAGAAAUUGAUGCAUGAAACUACUAACCGCAUUAAUUAAAUGAGUAUGUAAUUAAAAUAAUGCAAGGAAGAAAUUUCUUCUUUGGAAACCAAAAUUGAAUAAGAUAGGAAACAGUAUAAUGUUAAUUUAGAGGAAGAAAAAUAAAAAAAUGAAUUUGCCAACAGCUAAAUAUAGGAAUUGCAAUUUUUGUGCUAGAAACUAAAAGAAGAAAUACUAGAAAAUGAAAAUGUGCUAUCUUACACUUAGUAAUAAUUGCAAUAAACUGAAGAAUAGUUGUAAUCUGCCAAGGAUUAAAUUAAUAUAAUGAAUUAAGCUAUGUUUGAAAGAGAGUCUUAUCACUCAGAAGUUUUAAAUCAACAAUAAAAUUCUAAUCUAGAAUUAAAUACUUUGAAAUUAGAGAAAGAAAAUUAUCUCAAUUUAGUAACUGAGUUGCAAACCACAAAUUAACAAAUAAAGCAAGAUAAUAGCUAUUUAAAGAGUGAGAAUGAUAAUUUAAAAAAACAAUUUGAAGAACUUUUGCAAAAUAAUUAAGAAAAUUUGUAUUAAAAAGAUGAAUUGCUGUAAUAAAACGAAAAUUUAAGCUAACAAUAUAAAGUACUCAAGUAAGAGAAUCACCUUAUUUUGGAUAAUAUUCAAUAAAUUAAGCAAGAACUAGAGUCCAAAAACAAAAUUUAAUCUGAUGAUUUAAGGAAUGCAAAUAAUUAAGUCAACAUUGCCUUUAGUACUUUCUCAUAGCUAUUUAGUCACUUGGCUCUAGUAGUUGGCUAAUAAGUAAGAGAUGAACAAUUGCUAGACACUUUUAAUUAAUCUAGCUAAAUUUAGAAUACUUUGGAUUAGCUCAAUUUAUCAUCAAACUUUGAAAGCAAACUUAAUUUUAUGAAAGAAUCAAUGACAUAAUUUCUUUCUACUAUCAAAAAUAUGAGUGAUGAAAGACUCUAGAAUAACUAAGUUUCUUUACAAUUAAAGUAAUAGGUUGCUCAACUGUAAUAAAUCAACUAAAACUAACUAGAGUAGAGUUAGAGCGAAAGAUAAUAGCUUUAAAGUUAAAUCUAAGAGCUUGAAUAAUCUAACUAACAACUCAACUAAGAAAUAGCUAAGUUGAAGUAACAAGCCAACUAAUGUAUCUCCCCAAGCAACUAAAACUCUAAAGAUAAUUUCUACAAUAUGAACUACGAAUAGCUUGAAAAUGACUAUAAGAUAUCUCAAUCAAUAUUGCUUGACUAGAAGUAAUAGCUCAAAGACUUAAAGUAUGACUUGGAGUAGAAGAUUAAGAAAUACUAAGAAGAAAACUAAGUAUUUGCUUAAUAGAAUAAGGAACUUUAAGACAAAGUCUCUUUACUAGAAGCCCAGAAAACAAGUCUUUCUAAAGAAUAUGGAGAACAAUAAAACUGCCUUAAUGAUUGUUUUGACAAGAUAUAAUAUCAAGAACAAGAAAUCUAAAACUUGCAAUAGCUUUUAGAAGAAUCAGACUUUGAAAAUGUUCUUUUAAAGAAAAUUCAGCAAAAUAAUGAACUAAACGUAGAAGAAGAAUCCAGAAACAAAAUGAAUUCUGAAAUUAUUGAAUCUGCCAAACAAAGCAUAAGCAAUAUUGCUAGACACUUUAAUCUAAAUCAAAAGUGA